AUGGCCUUGUUAUUGAUUUCAAUUCCUCGUGUCUUAUUAUUUUUUAUGCUUAUUCAAUCAGUUUCUCUCUAUCGAAUCUAUGCAUUAGAUGAUAAUCAUCCGAAUUCAUUACAUCAUUCAUUAUCAUCUCCUAUCGAUGAAACAAUUAAUCAAGUAUUACCUAUAAAAUAUCCUGGAUAUGAUAAUGAUGAUGAUGAUGAUAUAAGUGUCAAUACCAAUAGUGAUGAAAAUAACGAUAAUUUACCACCAUGGAUGUCAUUAGUACCAGAAACGAAACAACAAUCUAUUUGGAAACGUUCGAAACCAUUCACACGUCAAUCAGCAAAGGCUUUACCACAACGUCGUAAUUAUCGACCUCAUUGGAAUCCACUUGUAGCUGCAUAUAAACGAUGUGGUGAAUUAUCAAGACCCGAAGAACGUGAAUCUUGUUUCAAGGAUGCUGUUCAAAUGCUUUUUGUGCAUAAGCUAAGAAAAUAA